AUGAACACCUUCCAACCGCCGCCUUCGCCCCCAACUAUGCCGGACUACAACGGUCUCCUCGGCACCGACGACAUCGGAGGAUUCCGAUAUGGAAUCGGAGUUUCCAUCGGAGUACUCCUCCUCAUCACCACAAUCACCCUCACCUCUUACUAUUGCACACGUAACCAGCUCUCUUCUUCACAAACCAAUCAUGAUCCUACACGUGUUCAUCACCACCACCACCACGUCAUCAUCGACGUCGUACCUGGUCUUGACGAAGACACAAUCCAAAGCUACCCUAAGAUCCGUUACUCGGAAGCCAGAGACUCAUCAACGGCUUCCACGUGUUGUCCCAUUUGCUUAGGAGACUACAAAGGGAAUCAUCUCCUACGGCACCUCCCAGAUUGCAACCAUCUUUUUCACCUCAAAUGUAUUGACACGUGGCUUAGGCUUAAUCCUACGUGUCCGGUCUGCCGGACUUCGCCGCUUCCGACUCCCCUCUCCACUCCCCUCGCCGAGGUUGUUCCCUUAGCCUCCACCGUCGCCUCCACCAGGAUGUCCUAG